AUGUCUUCGUUUUUAACUUCUCUCUCGGAAAAAUAUGAUUUUCAUAAUGAAGAUCAAAUUACAGAUAUUGUUCUCGAUUAUUUCAAUCAAUCAUCGAAACCAUAUGAUGAUUUAAUUGAAAAUCUUCUACAUUUAAUUCAGUCUACUAAUAAUCAUAGUGCAAAUAUUAUCAAUUGUCUUAUCUGCUUAUUUCUUCGAUGGAAAAAUCUAUUGAACAAAUCUUUAUCGGGACCGAUAAUAGACGAAAAUAUCAUCAAUAAUUUUCUUUCCGAAUCAUUACCAAUUGCAUGUUUACCAGAUUUUAUUGAAAUAUUUCAAAUAAAAAAAGAAUAUCUAAUAAAUUUAUUAAAACCAUUAUUAAUUUUACCAACUAAUUCAAACGAAUAUAAACGUGCAUUGAAUAUCGUUGUUAAAUUAAAUUAUCAACUUGACUUUCAACCCAACGAAAUUCUUUUACCAUUAAUUCUCAAUUCAAAAGAUCAUCUUAUUGAUGUUUAUUUGGAUGAUAAUUCUCAAUAUGAAGAAUACCUAAUUGAUCUCUUGAAUCGUUUAUAUGAUAAUGGCGGAAAAAAACUUCAAGAUAGAUUAUCAAAUGAAUUUAAAAUAAAAACUCCAACAUUUAAUAAGAAAACUUUAUCGAAAUUAGCUGUUCGAUAUUGGAAUCUGUAUGGUAAUGAACAAAAUGAUAAAUAUCCAAAUUUAGCAACAUUACAAAGUAAACGUACAUUAGGCUAUUUAAUUAAUGUUAGAUACAAUAGACUUACUGAUGAAAAAACAAUGAGUGACGAGUGUUGGAAUGAAUUAGUUACAGAUAUUGUACAAGGCAAUGAUGAUCUGUCGGAAUAUUUAAUUGAAAUACUAGCCGAUAGAGAUGAUAUUGUAGCAAUGAAAUAUUGGAUGGCUCAGUUGGAUCGACCUUAUUAUUCGUUACCAACUUGGGUUCAACAAUACAUUCACAACAAACAAAAUAGUGAACCAAAAGCAAGCACACCGAAUCAAACCACAACAGAAACUUCUCCUGUUGAUCAUUAUAAAAUCCCAUUAGAAACUCACGAAAUAAUAUUCGUCGAUUCAGCGGCGAAUUAUGAACGGUUGCUUGAUGGCUUAUUUAAAAAUAACAAUGAAGAAAUAUUAAUCGGAUUUGAUUGUGAAUGGAAACCGGUGUUCAAUAAUACAUCCACAUCAAAACAGCGUAUAAGUGUCAUGCAAAUAGCUUUGCCAAAUGAAGUAUAUCUACUGGAUUUACUUGAUUUCUUUCGUACAUGUGAUCCUGAAACGAUUCAACAACGUCUGGCAAAUCGUUUAUUCGAUGAUGAUCAUGUAACAUUACUUUGUUAUGGCGUCAGAACUGAUGUUUCCAUGCUGAUUGCUUCGUAUCCUAUUUUCGAUCGAGCAAUUUAUUCUGGUAAAACUUUACUCGAUUUAUCUCUUGUGCAAAACGAAUUAGUUCAUAUUAACCGUGAUAUAUUUCCUCAUGUCACAACAAAUAAUACAAUGCCAUCAAAAGAUAAAGGUCUUAGUGAAUUAGUUCGUCUUUGUUUUGGUAAACCAUUGAAUAAAUCCGAGCAAUGCUCGAAUUGGGAACGACGACCACUAAGAAAUGCUCAAGUUUUAUACGCUGCAACGGAUGCAUACUGUUUGCUUGAUAUAUAUAAAUUUCUUUCGAAUAGUCUUCAGUCAUCUGAUCAUUUAAAAUCAUUUCGUGGAAGAAAACCGAAAAAAUUCGAAGCUACUAUUGCUCGUCAAAUCGAUGGAAAUUUUCAUCAUACAACUGAUAAUAAUAAUGUCAAUCAAUCUCCGACAUCCGAUGAUAUUACUCGUCCUUCCGGUGAAGUUAAACGUCCUCAACAAAUGAAAUUUGUUGUUGAUAAUAUGUUACAUGGACUGGGAAAAGAAUUGCGUGUAACCGGUUGUGAUACUGUGAUUUUAGGCGAUAACGAUCCGCAUACAGAUGCUAUACGAUAUGCUCGAGCAGAAAAUCGAAUCAUUUUAUCACGUGGUGCACCAUACAAUCUCUUACGAUCUCAUACGCUUGAAGGUCGAUGUUGGCAACCACCAUUAAAUGUGCCAGCUAAACAACAGUGUGCGGCUGUUCUGAAUUAUUUCAAUGUUAAAGUGUUACCAGAAGAUAUAUUUAGUCGAUGUACAUUGUGCAAUUGUGAAAAUUUUGCUAUUGUUGAUGGUCGUGAUAUGCGUAUUCUAUGGUGUAAAAUGAAUAAUUAUUCAUUAGAAGAUCUUGAACCUGAUCUAAUUAAUUAUCAACCAGAAAUGAUUGACAUGAAUCGUAGGACACUAACUGGUGGAACUGUUCCGUUAGUUUUAACCGGUUUAACAUUAAGAAAUUAUCGUUCAUAUGAGGAAUUCUAUGUAUGUAGUGGAUGUGGAAAAGUCUAUUGGCAAGGAGGGCAUUGGCGGCGACGAAUUGUUCGAAAUGAAUUGAUAACAGAAAGUGAACCUAUAUCGGAGGAUAGCGAUGAUGGCAUCGUUUUUUAUGAUGCUGAAAGUACUAUGUGA